UGUGGCAGCGAGCGGACCUGAACUUGUUUCUUGCGGCAGCGUAAACACGACGCGACUCUCUCUCGCUCCCGCACUUUCAACACUCUUCCUCUUUAACAACCAAAAAAGCACCAUUUCCCGAGCAGCGAGACUCUAAUACCUUAUAAUUAACGAGGCACGUGGUUUAGAGUCAUCCGGUAAACAAACUUCAGCAAAGCCAUCAUGCCUAUGGAAUCUUCAUUGGUACUUCAGCGAGGCCGGUAGAAGCUUUGGAACGAUAAUUUCAACCAACUUCAAGCAAGCUUGAUCUUACGACACAGUAACGUUAACAUUUCGUUACUUCGAGCAGCCAAUUAGGUGGCAGAACUGCCCUUACGUCAUCUUUACAAAGCGAAGCCUCAAAAUACACGCUAACUAAUCGUCAAAUAAAAAGUGCUAUUAGAUAAAUGUUCAUUGCGUGUGUGCUAUGAAUUCAUUUGUAUAUAAUUAUAUUAUCUGCAUAACACCUGUGAGAUGAACACAGUGCUGAUUACAGUGAUGUGUGAGCCGGACAUUUUACAAAACUCCAAAUUUACUGUAACUGGAAAUACAAUUGGCAACACUAUUGUAUAUUGUAUAAUGUGUAUUCGAAGUUGUGUAGAAAUGCUCGCUUCUCUGAAAGGCAUAUGAAAAAAGAUUAAUUAUCUUUAGGGUAUAUAAAAAUAUAUAUAAUAUGGAGGAUAUAUGAGCUCAGAUCUAUUGUGUAGACGAUAUAUGUGAAAAUUCAGUGUAUUAGAGGAUAUAGAGAAAAAUCCGGUGCACUGGAGAUGAGAAAAUAUAUCUAAUACACUUAAUAAUAUAUGAAAAACAAUUCGCUAGAAUAUAUAUAUUAAAAUAUGUUCACAAGUCUGAGGGAUAUAUGAAGUCUCCAAGCCAUCAGAACUCGCAAACAAAAGUAAAUAUUUGUCUCCUACAACGGUGAAAAGUUGUAAGGGAGGAGGUGCCAUGAGUCCUGGAAUGGCCUUCCUCCUGCUCCUCCUACUCUUCCUCCUGCUUCUCCAUGGUCGUCAAGGAAGAGGGGUGACUGCUACCCCUAACCCAGGGUGGAAGGAGCAGACUGACUGGAGUGAGAGUGAGAGAGCUGGACCCCCCAGGAGGGGCCCUCACCUCCUGCCAGGCCUGCCAACCAAUGUGUCCGUCACCGCGGGACGGUUGGCCACCCUGCCAUGCAGGGUUGCCAACUUAAAGGGAAGAUCAGUGCGGGCGUGGAAGACGGGUGCGGUGUGGGCGUGGGACCUAGUGAUCGAGGAGACCACAGUAGAGGAUGCGGGCGUGUAUGAGUGCCAAGUCAACACUAGACCCAAGAUCUCCCAUCCUGUUACUCUCAACGUUCACUUGGGAGGAGCGGUGAUACCAGGGCCAGCAGAGGUGUACGUGGAGGCUGGCUCUCGUCUCCUACUCACUUGCUGGGUGCAGGCACCUCCAAAACCCCCUGGACCUAUCACCUGGCUCCACAACUACGCACCCGUUCACGCCGAGGGUCCCAGGGGCGGGGUGAGUAUCCACGUGGCACAGGAAGGUGCCAGGGCCAGUGCCAGACUGUUACUCACCAGUGUGACGCCUCUAGACGCUGGUAACUACAGCUGUCAGCCAGAGGGCCUCGAUGCAGCUCACGUCUCUGUCUUCGUUCUGCAUGACGAGGAGCCGAGAGCCAUGCAUGACGACCGUGGUUCUUCACCCAGUCGUCACGACCUCUCCGUCCUGAUGCUGGGUCUCCUGCUCACACAUAGGCUGAGAUGAUGAUGCUGAGAUGAUGAUGAUGAUGAUGAUGAUGAUGAUGAUGAUGAUGAUGAUGAUGAUGAUGGUGGUGGUGUUGGUACCACCACAAUCACCACCACUACUACAGCAGCCGCUACCACCACCACUGCUACCACUACUACAACCAUUACCACAAUUAUUGAAACAACAAUAGCUAACCGCUACUUAUGCAACCACUAGUACUACCACUGUAAAAGCUACAACACCCACUACUACUGAAGCGACAACCACUAUUAUUACUGCUACAUCCACCACCACUAAAACAACAACCACUACCAAUAACUACAACCACCACUAAAGCAACAAGUACUAAAAACGACAACCCCAUCACUACUGCAACUACCCCCUACUGUAACCACCACCACCACUAAAGCAAUAACAACCACCACUACUGAAAUGACUACACACAUCAUCACUACUUCCACCACUAUUACCUCUGAAACUACCACUACCGAAACACCAACAACUAUUACUAA